AUGCCUGGACCUGGACGACGGGCGCUGUUGCUAUGGCUCAUCGUUGCGUGCUUGAUGUCGAGUGUAUACUCUCUUGACCAACAAUGGAAAGAAUACUGGGAGGCGGUCAUGUACCAUACGGGACUGGGCUAUCAGUGCACGUUUGUGAAGAAACCUUCGCAGAUGGUGCGGCAGCAUUUACAGGAGAACUUAAAAGGCCAAGAACGAGCAGUGGAAGCGGUGGUCAGUGCAAUCGAAGCCUGGGAAUUCUCACGGACUUCUGCCAAAGAUCGUGCGCCAUUGGUGCUGGCGUUCACGGGACCGACAGGCACAGGCAAAACGGAGAUGUCCAAUCUAAUUGCAGAGGCGCUGUUUAAACGCAAGAAGAAGCUACAAAGCAGUGAAAAGAGAGUGCCGUCGGGGUUGAUGAUAUUUCGCGGAGAAGACUUUAGCGACAACUUCACGAAUCCCAUAACGGCAUACCACACACAGAUUAAGGCCAGACUUGCGGAGCACUUGCACCAUUGCUCAGGAAAAGCCGUCGUAGUCAUUGAUGAAGUACAGAAGGUGAUUCCGCACACCCUUGACGUAUUCAUGGAGGCGGUCAGCGAAAGCUCCCAAUUUUCCUACUACGAACACGGAAUAACGAACAACAUCGACACCGCCAACGUCAUUUUCGUGUUUGUGUCAGACAUAGGCGUCCGUGAAAUGGAGCAGGUCAUGAUUCAGUACGAGACUCGAGACGAGAUACCUACUGUACAGCUUGAAAGGGUCGUGAAGGAAGCUUUGGACGAGCAGUGGAAGCGGCUAGACUUUGGCAAAAUGAUCGAUCAGGUCAUUCCUUUCCUGCCAUUUGAGCACCAGCACAUUGUCGAGAUCAUUGCACUCAAGCUAAAACAAUUGGACGAAAACUAUCGUAACAAGUACUGGCACCGACUGUGGAUUGAGGAAAACAUUGCCGAUUACAUGUCUCGUUUGGACUCGGUGCACUACAAAGUGCGCUCGGCAGUAAUUAACGGCGAGGUCAAGUCCAGCAAGGUGUUCGCCAAGUACGGCGCUCGAGAUGUGGAGACGGGUCCGAUUCAAUUGCUCAAAUCCAAAUUACUGCGCUACCUUCGGCCAUUCAAUCCCAACGCUGAGAUUCGAAUCUCGCAGGACCCCGUCACGAAAGAAAUCUCAAUUGUCUCGUGUGGACAGGAAAACACUAAGAAAGUGUCGUCCAAGGCCCAAAGCAGUCUGUCCGGCGAAACUGUCCCCGGCGAUGACAGUACCGGUUUUGUACAAGUUGGUUGCGUCACAAAGUGGUCGGGUCGAUUUGAAUAA